AUGGAUAGGUGUAAAAGCUUGGAAAUCUUCUGCUUUAAUAUAUUAUCCUCUCGAGCGAACGACUCAAUGGAGCGAUUGGCUAUAGUGACUAUUGUCUUUCUUCCUUUAACUUUCAUUGCUUCCUAUUUCUCUAUGGUAAAAAAUUUCACUGUUCUCGAUCAAAAACCUUCAUUCUUCUGGAAGAUAUCCGUUCCCUUGUGUAUAUUCUUCUUCCUCAUCUUUGCGUAUUCGACCCUCAAGCGAUUCUUCAAAUUCGCUUUCAAUCUUGAUUCACCACCGCCGUCUUAUAUGCCUCGAGAACAGUUCCCCCCAUAUAUACCAGCAAACACGCCGAUGGGAAGGCCAAUGAGAGGUAUGGGAGGUAAUCCCAUGUUUGCACCCCUUCCCCCCGGCUUUAUGUCAUACGCACCCAGAGCUCCUUCAACAGGUACAGAUAGUAUCGUGUAG